UCGUCUCUAACUAAAACCAAAAAAACUCCAGCUCCUUCACCACUCUCUCUCUUUCUCUCUAAAUUCAUUUUCUCUCUUUAGAACAACAAGUUAUGGCGGAUUGGGGCCCAGUGUUGAUCGCAGUGAUCCUCUUCGUAGUUCUAUCGCCGGGACUUCUUUUCCAGAUUCCGGCGGGAGGUCGAGUUGUCGAAUUCGGUAAUAUGCAGACGAGUGGCGCGUCGAUUCUCGUUCACGCAAUCAUCUUCUUUGGUCUCAUCACUAUCUUCACCAUCGCCAUUAACGUCCACAUCUAUUCCGGUUAACUAUUGUAGCCAGAAAAACCGGUUCUGCUUGUUUUUUUUUCAGUUUGAUUGCAAGAUCUGGAUUUGUUUGUAACAUUUUCGGAUUUGUGAAUAUAAUCAAAAUUUCACCAAUUUGAUUUUUGAA